AUGGGAAAAUGGAGAAUCUGUUGUGUGGUCUCCGCACUUGUGCUCAUCAUCUCUGUCGUGGUUUUAGUUACAUUAUACUUCACCCUCUUCAAACCCAAAGACCCAAACAUCAUCGUUCAAUCCGUUACCCUCCAGAGCACCACCAUCCGGGUGGUUCUUUUCCCGUACCAGGAUAUCGAGGGGAACGCCACGAUUGGACUCACGGUCACGGUUGAUAAUCGCAACUACGGAGGUUUUAAGUACCACAACGCCACUGCUUUCAUAAAUUACCGUGGGAAUCUAGUAGCCGAAGCUCCCAUCGGAGAAGAUUCCAUCUCGCCUCGAUCCAAGCACAACAUCAGCACAUCGGUCAUCGUCUUCGCCCACGAGUUGGCCGCCGAUGAUCAUUUCUUGAGCGAUUUCUUUAGCGGGGUUUUCAAUUUCACCUCGUCCACGACGUUGCAUGGCAAAGUGAACGUCUUCAACAUUUUCAAGUUUAAAGCUUCAAGUAGCAGAAAUUGUAAUAUCUCUGUUUCUCUCCAAAACCAGACCGCCGAUUCCGUUUGCACGUCCAAAAUCAAGUUUUAA